AUAAUUAAGUACAUCGAGCGAAAUGUGCGGUGAAAUAGGUCAUUAUGGAUAAUUUGAACGUAAUUCGUUAAAGAUUUUAUUUCCAAGAAAUACAGUAAUUAAAAACCACAAAUUCAUUCAAACAUUGAGUGGUAUUGCAUAUAGCAUGCAUAGAAAGGGGGUUGUGGCGAUAAAGAGGUCGUGAAGAAGUGUUAUGCGAGAAGAAGCUUGCAUAGAAAAAGGGUGGAAGGAUGUUAAAAGAAAAAUUAUCAAAAAAAAAUUGCAUAUUAAAAAAGUUGUACGGGAAGGAUGUAAAAGAAAGAAAAAGGUUACGUACGAACAACCUCGUUACCAGCGCGCGUUGUCUUUUUUUUGGUCCUGAUGCCAGAAUUGAUGCCCUUUUUCACGAGGUUUACCUAUGAACUAAUUUGCGCAAGACUUCGGCGAAUGCUGGCGUUUUAUUAAUAGGCUGGACUACUACUCAAGACUACGGACCAACCUCGUCUCGUCCCCAGGCCUAGGUUGACCUACUGACGACUUUCUUAAUAUAUUACGUGCAGCUAAUCUAAUUUUAUGCUUUUACAGCUCUAACUUUUUUGGUCUUCUUAAAUGGUGACCGUGGUUCUGAAAAAAAAACGCUUGUACAAAAAAAAUUGGGGAAUUUGACAAAAAUUUAAAGUUGAAUAACCUGAAAUUGCCCUGACCAUUUUAAGUUAAAUUUUUGCGAAUCCAGACAUUUAAAUAUUUUUACAAAAACUUUUUCUCGAAGAGUACUUAUAAAACUAAAGGUUUUUUCUCAAUUCCUAUAAAUUCUGGAAAUUUGGCGUGGUUAGCCAUCCCAAAAUUGAAUCUCAAGCAAUUUUAUCACAGAAAAAAUAAAAUAAUUUUUUUUUGAAUUAUCUUGGAAUAUAGAUUUUAAUUAUUUGUGGUUCUAAUCUUUGCUUGAAACGAGACCAGCACUGCUCAGAAGCAAAUAGUCCUGGGAAUGAGGUUGUGCGAUUAAUAAAAUAAUAUCAACGUCCAUUAAACAUUGACGUCAUAACAAAAAUUUCUUGGAAUUUGCAGCGGCACGAGACUAUUCGUAUCAGUUUCAUUAUCGGGUUAAAUUUGUAUCGGUUUCAGUAUUAAUUUGUAUCGGUUUUAUUUUCGGAUUCAGACUCAGCUUUGGGUGUGUCUCUAUUAGCUAAUGACAGUUGACACAAUUUAACUCAAUUUUGUCAUUUUUAAAAAAAAACAACUUCUGGAGACAUUCACAAACGUUACUAGUUUCAUGUUCAAAUAAUGUUUUAAAAAAAUAGGGUGUGUAUUCAUGCUAAAAUACGAGUUUUGCUCUCCUGUUUCAAAUAUCGCGAAAAGGUGUGAUCGAAAUCGCGUAAAUUUUUCAUUUACGAAAAGGCAUACUAUACUCCGGUAUUGCAUCUGCAGUGCAAUAACAUGAUUGCGAUGGUUGAUUUUCUGCAUAUUGUAUGAUUCGAUUGCUGAUAGGAGCCAUUAACGAACAUCUUUCAACGCCCUUGUAUCCUUUCGAUAUACGCUAGAAAUGAAUAUGUCGCAUUGGGAAGGUUAAAGCUCCAGUCAGAAAAUUGAACUUUGGGCAAGACAACAAAUUAUUUAUCUCUUUAAGAUUAUCAUUUGCUACGAUUUCUUUACCCAAAAUAGCCUAUGUAGUUCCUAUUGGGUACUGCUAUCAAUGAGACUCAUGCGAAGUGCAUUUAAAACAUUCCCGACCCCACAGCUUUGUGAAAUAAACCUCGAAUGUAGCUCUGGAACCGCCUUUGCAUAUAUUUUAUAUUUUACAAAAUCACCACAAUGAGUCGGUAAAAAGUGACUAUAUUUUGUGUAACUGACUAUAAUACUUUUGGCGGCUAAAAGUUCAUAACGGUCUUCUUUUCAAUCAACUAAUUUCAAUUAAAUUUAUGUUUUCAUAACCGUUUCCGUUCCUGUCAAUGGGUUCAAAUGAAAUUAUUUUUUUCACAAACAAAAGUUCUUGGACAACUAUGCACAGAACAGCUAAUCUCGUUCCCAGGACAUUGUCUCUCAUAGACGCUGCGUUUAUUGAUAGGUCUGCAUAAAGAGACAACAGGUCCUGGGAUCGAGGUUGUUUAUCUAGCUAUGGGUGUUACAGUUUUGUGUUUUUUCUUUUCGCAGCAAUUGUUUAAAAACACACAAAAAAUGUUCCGUGUAUGGGCAGCGGUAAUUCGUAACUACACAACUAGAGUUGUUACUGGGCAGCUACCUUUGUAAGCAGAGAGCUCAAUUCAACAGAUGGAUUUGUAACCAGGUAGAUGAAUUAGCACCCGGGCAACUAAAUUUGUCACCAGGCGGCUAAAUUUGUAACUGAACGGCUAACUUCGUAUUCAGGAACCUCGUAGCUAAAUUUGCACGUUAUGAAAACGUGAUCGUUGCAGCGUCUUUGUCUACAUUAGAAAAAUUUACUCUUAAAUUCAUUUCGUUGCCGUAUGUUUUGAAAUUAUUUGAACACCAGUGUGAGACGAUAUGAUAUAAUACUAAAUAAUUAGGAUUUAUUCAAAAAGAUUAUUAAAUUUUCAACUGAUCUAACCCACCAACAUUUAUUUAAUUAUACUGAGCAUAAAAUUAUGCAUUGGCGAAUAAACCCACUACAAACGGGGGUAAAAAACGAAAAGCUAGAUAAUCCUUAAUCGAAGCAGAAAAGGUUUUUUACGACCGACUUUUUAAAAGUCACGCAAGAAUGGCCUUAUACUUUGGUUCAUAUAAUUCACCUUCUUUGUGAAAAUACAUUGUUAUUUUAAGCAUAAUUUAUUUCCUUUAAUAAAGAGAUAUAUCCCCCCGUCUUAAGGUGUUAAAAAAACUUCUUUUUAUAAUCGUGCUCAACGGUGCGUUACGACGCGAAACUGUGAAAGUUUCAUUUAAACACCAUCUUUAAACUGACAUAAACUGUACAAAUUUAAAUUCAACCCUCCAUAAACACAACAUCUCCUAAAUUUUAUAUUCUAACACUUUAAAAAAUAAAAUUAAACCCGACGGAGAGAGGUUUUUUAAAGAGUUCUUGCAGUAUACAGCGUGGUUUAUUAAUUUUAAAAAAGUUAACAUUGAAUGGCUAUUGAGUUACUAAGCAAUUAACCUGAUUAAAACGCACCUGUCUUUAAUUCAGAGCUUCGAAUUCAUCAUACGGCUGUGUUCGAUCGAAUUUCUACAAGUCGCACGUGAAAUCGAAAUGGUGCAGAAACACAUUAACGAAAUUAUAAUUUAACAACGAGUAUAUGUAUUAAAAAUGUCGCAAGAGUGAGAUGUUGUCUUAUUGGUAAUAACUAUCUAACUAAUCAAGGCUUACCAAAGAAGAAAUUUUCAACGCCAUAGCAGAGUGACGAUUUUCGAAAAGUAUCAAGCAAAAUGCUCCUGUGGAUUUAAUGUUGAAAAACUUUUUAAGGAACAAAAACUUACCUUCUGUAUUUUAUGCUCUUUCAGGGCUUUACUGUGCAUAACUGGCUACCAAAACUUAGUGAAAUUGGGAGUCAUUGAAAAGUUUUAAAAAGAUGGGAGAUGAAGAUCCACAAUAUGAUUCGUAUGAAGAAUCAGAAAGUCUUGGUCCGGCCAUACUCUAUCCAAUUAUCGCUUCGGUUUUCUCAGCUUUCUGUAUAAUUUCAAUUGCUGCAUUUUUGUUAUCAAGCCGAAAGUGCUGUAAACAGAGAAGAUACGACGAUCCGGAGUCUGCAUUAUUAAAAGAAAGACUACUAAAGGAGCAAAAGCGAAUGUCAGGAUACAAAUUUAAAUUCCCAUUUGGAGAACGUCCCUUAUUUUCAUCUGUUAUGCAGCAAGAACAGAAUGACAUUGCUGAAGAAGUGAAAGAGAGCUAUAAGUCAAUUUCAACAAAUGUUAACAAGCCAAUCAUAUGUUGUCCGAAUAAAAAAACUUCGUACGUCUACAAUCCUAAGGAGUUAGGAUCAAGUUCAAAACAUUCUCUUAAAGAAACACAUUGUAUGAGCAAUCAAAAGACUCCUCGUCAUAUCAGUAUAGAGAAGGAUUCGAAUGUUAAACGUUUAAAUUCGCCAUACAAAUGCACCGAAAAUGAGUUCAUAGACAGUUUAGAAAAGAAAUUGUCGCGUAGCAAUAAAAAACAAAAAACGAGGUCUUCGGAAAAGAAGGCAAAAAAGAAAUUUUUUACUGAAUCAGAAAUUGAAAAUACUGAAGACUUGAAAUCAUUGUUUUUCAACAAAUGGAUCAGACACACAGAUUCGGGCAAGCCACCUGAUUUAAAUAGUGAAUUACACUCGUAUUAUUUUAAGCAUGAUUCUAGUUGCGAUGAUGUUGAAUCUGUGUUGACGUCGAUAUCAAGAAUGGAUUCAUGCCGAAUGCAGAAAUUGAGAGAUUCAAAAUUUUACCAAAAACUAAUUUCACAAAUGGAUACAAUUAGUGCAGUAGAUUCUCCUUUCGAGGAAGACAACAUGGAACCUGAAAUUAUAAACGAAAUUAUUGUUACUAAAACAGGAAAACAUCAAACUAAUCAGAAUCUAAGUCAUGACGAGAUCAUGCAAGUUGCAAUUGCCGAUGGAAACGUUGCUGAAGAAUGUAAUCCCAAUGACAAAAUUUGGAUUAGUUCAAAGAAUUAUGAAACGCAGAAUGUGGAAAGUGUUUACACUUCAACAAAUCUUGAAAAUAAAGGUAAUAUUCCAACAGCAAAGGAACUUACAGAUCGAAAAAUCAUUCAGCAUAUAAUAAAAUCAAAUAGGAAUGCCACACAUACUAGAGGAAAUCUUGAUAAACGAAGUGGUAGUCUUUUUAAGAUUGUCAGGCCGUAUAUUUCUGAUGGAUCGUUAAGUGAAUCAAAACAAACACCAAGUGACCUAUUCAAAUCAACACGAGAUGAUAAUGAACUUCAGGAAAGUGAUAUUACCAAAUCUCAAAUAAUACAGAAAAUGAUACAAGUGAAAAAUCGCAAGAAAUCAUACCUCGAAGUAACACAUUCUGAUUCUGAAAUCGAAUCUUCUACGAAAUCAAAAUUUGCGCCUCAUCCUACUUUGACGAGGCCAAAAAGUUUAGACUUAAAAAGAAAGAACACGGACCUUAAAAUCGAAGUUCAUUUCGACAGUGCGAAAAAGCUGCCAAAGAAAAGUGCGAAUGUCUCCAUCGACGAACACUCAAGUUCUUGUUCAUCCAGAUCUUCUUCUGUAACUACAUGGCAAGAGAUUGAUGAGAAUAUGAAGAAUGAACAAGACAAAUCACACACUCACAACAAGUCUUUAUACAAAACAACAGAACAAGAGAACUCGUUUUGGAGUCGCACAGGCAUCUCAUCAUCACAUUUUUCGACACUUUCAACAGUUACUUCAAUAGGAGACCGUUCCAACACAGAAAGGCAACGUUAUCGUACACCAAAAAGUGGCAGACACACAGAUAACACAAAAGCUUCCGGAGAUUACUCCAGGUCCGGAUCACAUCGUUCAAGACACCGGUCUAGCCCGUAUGGCAGCUACAGUGGAUCACAUCUCAACUCGUCUUUUACUUCAGAUGAAUCAACGCAUAGUAAAAGCGCAAGACAUUCUUUCAAUUCAUACCUGUCAUCAAAUGUGACUCCUAAACGAAACAAAAAGAAGAGUAAUGCAGAAGUGAGCGGCAUAUUUUGGAAACCUCAGCAAACAAGUUCAGGUUACUCAUAGUAUUCACAUUCCUGAUGAAUGAAAUCAUGUAGUUAAGUUGGGCUAUCCUUCUGGAAUAACCAUCACGCAUGUCAUCAUAUACCAGGUAUACAUCUGUAAAUUAAAUACACACAGAACAUAUAAACACAUAUAAAAUUGUUGAACAUAUCCAGUUGGAAGUAAAGAUUGUAUUAAUAUAUAUAUUCUAUGAAUAUAAAACAAAUGAUAUGAA